AUGUCGGUGAAUUAUGUAGCCAACGUCCCAAAGUUGAAGGGUCGUGAAAACUAUGACGACUGGUGUUUUGCGGUGCAAAAUGUUUUGGUGCUAGAAAACAUGCAGGCAGCUACGGCAUAUGAUUUAUGGUCUACGCUUAAACAUAUGUAUGAUGAUUCCGGCUAUAUGAGGAAGAUUAGUCUACUGAGAAACCUCAUUAACAUUCGGCUAGAAAACUGUGAGUCAAUGGCACAGUAUGUUACUCAAAUUGUAGAAACGGGCCAGCGACUUCGAGGAACAGGAUUCAGUAUAACCGAUGAGUGGAUUGGAGCAUUAAUAAUGGCCAUCGAGCAUUCUGGAAUUGAGGUUAGUGCAGAUAUUGUAAAAACAAAAUUGGUAGACAUGUGUGCUGAUGAUUAUGUUGGUACUACAUCCGGUUCAGAAAGUGCAUUUAUUGCGAAAGGAAGACAAAGAUUGAAAAGUGGCAAUACUAAAAGCGGCCAUAUUCAUAGACAAUGA